GCUCCAAGCUCGCAUUUUCCCAUUCUCAGGGAAGCAUUGUUGAUCUGACCCGCAUUCAAGCUGUCUACCUGGCCUGGCCUGGAUGAGCUGAGGACGCCGCCUCUCUCUGCUGGCGAGCGCUUGCAGCCCUCUAGUUGGGGCCAGAAUAUAGGUAGCUUCAACUCUUUGCAUCCCACUGCUGAAGAAAGGAGUCCAAUCAGACUGUUCCUGCUUUGGUGAGAGGCCCUUUUAAAUGCUCCAAGAAACUGACUGACCUCUGAAGAUGUCAAACGGAGCUGGUUGCUUACAGCGCUGAAGGGCACCUUGACUAGGAUGAGAGGGUGAUUCAAUCAAGAGUCUGUCAAAACAAUCAAAGGCGGGAUCUCAGGCGAGGGUGGAAGCAUGGCUGCUACAGACAUGACAACUUCCCAGCUUGCUUUCCUUACGGGCCUGCUGUAUGCCACCAUAGCCUGGGUGUAUGCAGAGUGGUUGGAAUGGAAAGGGGACGGCAAGCGGGAGGUUAAAGCGGACGAGGAGAGCUUACCGCUACACACGACCAAGUCGCAUGGGGGGGAGCAUGACAGCUUGGUGAGCAAGGAUGUGGUGCCGGCGUCCGCAGUAGAGAUGGGCGCCACCGGACACUUGUACAGAUUUGCUACUCUCGAUGGGGCAUACCUGCUGGAGCAUCGGCUCACUCUGCGCGCCAUUGUCGAGUUUGGUGGUCUGCUUGUCUACAUGAUGCUGUGCGACCGAACGAGCCUCUUCCCUGAAGCACAGCGGUCGUACAGCCGGGACCUGUUCAUGUUCAUCUACCUACUCCUCUGCCUGGCGGCGGCCUUCACGUCCCUCAAGAAGCACGCGGGCAGCAGCCCCAGCGUGGACUACUUGAACCGCCACCAGACCGAGGAGUGGAAGGGCUGGAUGCAGAUCUUGUUUCUGCUUUACCACUACUUCGUGGCCAAGGAGAUGUACAACGCGAUCCGCGUGUUCAUCGCGGCGUAUGUCUGGAUGACCGGCUUUGGCAACUUUUCGUACUACUACGUGCGCAAGGACUUCAGCAUCGGCCGCUUCUGCCAGAUGAUGUGGCGGCUCAACUUCCUGGUCUUCUUCUGCUGCGUGACGUUGAACAACGACUACAUGCUGUACUACAUCUGCCCCAUGCACACGCUCUUCACGCUCAUGGUCUUCGGCAUCUGCGCCAUCGGGGCAAAGUACAACGAGAACAACCUCGUAAUCUACCUCAAAUUUGCAGUGGCGGUCGCCGUCGUAAUCGGUGUGUGGGAGAUCCCCGGCAUGUUCGACCUGCUUUGGAGCCCCUUCACGUUCCUGGUCGCAUACAACGACCCGCGUCGCCCUAGUGAUGACAUCAUGCACGAGUGGCGCUUCCGCUCCGGCCUGGACCGCUACAUCUGGAUCAUCGGCAUGAUGUAUGCCUUCGGACACCCCGUGGUGGAGCGGUGGCUGGAGCGAUUAGAAGACCUCAAGAGCACCACCCGCCAAACAGUGCGGGCCGGCCUCACGAUAUCAGCUCUUGCGGUCGGAUACUACUGGUACGUCGCGUUCUAUUCUUUGGGCAAGCUGGAGUACAACAAGGUCCACCCUUACACCUCCUGGAUUCCCAUCACAGUGUACAUAGUCCUGCGCAACCUGCACCCGACGCUGCGCCACUGGAGCAUGACGCUGUUUGCAUGGUGCGGCAAGAUCACGCUCGAGACCUACAUUUGCCAGUUCCACAUCUGGCUGCGGACGAGCAUUCCCAAUGGGCAGCCGGUGGCCAUCCUGUCGCUGCUGCCGGAGGAGUACCCGCUCCUCAACUUCCUCUUCGUGUCCGCCAUCUACAUCUUCGUAUCGAACCGGUUGUUCCAUCUGGUAAACACGUUAAAGACUGCGUUCGUCCCCGCCAAGAACAAUGCGGUUCUGGCACAGACAGGGAUAGGAAUGCUCAUAUCGGGGAUUGUUCUAUACGGGCUCACCUUCGUCUUCAUCAAGUUGCCCUUGAGCCUGUAGACGGGGUUGCGGACGGCAUUCUAAUCAGCAGAUUCAUAGGUCAAGCUUUAUCUGUCAAAUGGAAGUUUGACGACACGGAAAGUAAGCAACGGUGGGUGUAUAGUACACAGGUUGAUUGCGUGAUGGCGCCUUUAUUUAUGAAGCGCACUGGUUGCCUGAACCAGUCAAACAAAAAGGAACAGCUCUUUCAGUACCAAGCAUUAUGAUGACCCGCAUUACAGAUAUGGCGUUCGCAUCCAUAAAACAUUCGUGCAUCACUGUU